GUCACGUGACGCCCUCCCUUUCCGGCCUCGCUUGCUGCCUGGCUGGGCGCUCCUUGGGGCUCGUUGCCGCGUGAGGAGAAGCCGUCGCCAUCAUGCCGGUCUAUUUCCAGCGGCCCGAGAACGCCCUGAAACGGGCGAACGAAUUUCUUGAGGUUGGGAAGAAACAGCCUGCUCUUGAUGUUCUCUAUGAUGUUAUGAAAAGUAAAAAACAUCGGACAUGGCAAAAGAUCCACGAGCCGAUUAUGCUAAAGUACUUAGAGCUCUGUGUGGACCUCCGCAAGAGCCAUCUGGCAAAGGAAGGAUUAUAUCAGUAUAAGAAUAUCUGCCAGCAGGUGAAUAUCAAAUCCUUGGAGGAUGUAGUUCGGGCUUAUUUAAAACUAGCAGAAGAAAAAACUGAAGCUGCUAAAGAAGAGUCCCAGCAGAUGGUACUUGAUAUAGAAGACUUGGAUAAUAUUCAGACUCCAGAGAGUGUCCUCCUGAGUGCUGUAAGUGGAGAAGAUACUCAGGAUCGUACUGAUCGGUUACUUUUGACUCCCUGGGUUAAGUUUUUAUGGGAAUCAUACAGACAAUGCUUGGACCUUCUUAGAAACAAUUCUAGAGUGGAACGGCUCUACCAUGAUAUCGCGCAACAAGCUUUCAAAUUCUGUUUACAAUAUACUCGUAAAGCUGAGUUUCGCAAACUCUGUGACAACUUAAGAAUGCAUUUGGGUCAGAUCCAGCGUCAUCACAAUCAAAGCACUGCCAUUAAUCUGAAUAAUCCAGAGAGUCAGUCGAUGCACUUGGAGACCAGGCUUGUACAGUUGGAUAGUGCGAUCAGCAUGGAACUCUGGCAGGAAGCCUUCAAAGCUGUGGAAGAUAUACAUGGAUUAUUCUCCUUGUCCAAAAAACCACCAAAGCCCCAGCUGAUGGCAAACUAUUAUCAUAAAGUUUCUACUGUCUUCUGGAAAUCAGGAAAUGCACUCUUUCAUGCAUCUACGCUUCAUCGUCUUUACCAUCUUUCAAGAGAAAUGCGAAAGAAUCUUACACAGGAAGAGAUGCAAAGGAUGUCAACAAGAGUCCUUUUAGCUACUCUGUCAAUUCCAAUAACUCCUGAAAGAACUGAUAUUGCUCGGCUUCUGGACAUGGAUGGCAUAAUUGUUGAAAAGCAGCGGCGAUUGGCUACACUGUUGGGCCUCCAGGCUCCACCUACACGAAUUUCUCUUAUUAAUGAUAUGGUGAGAUUCAAUGUAAUACAGUACGUUGUCCCAGAUGUUAAGGAGCUUUAUAACUGGCUUGAAGUAGAUUUUCAUCCACUAAAGUUAUGUGACCGUGUCUGCAAGGUUUUAAACUGGGUAAAAGAUCAAUCUGAAAAGGAGCCAGAACUACAAUUAUAUAUUCCUCAUCUGCAAAACAACACCAUCCUUAGACUGCUUCAACAGGUGGCCCAAAUUUAUCAAAGCAUCGAAUUUUCUCGCCUGACUACUCUGGUUCCUUUUGUUGAUGCUUUCCAACUGGAACGUGCAAUUGUAGAUGCAGCCAGACAUUGUGAUUUGCAGGUUCGAAUUGAUCAUACUACUCGAACACUGAGUUUUGGGUCAGAUUUGAACUACUGCACACGGGAAGAUGCUCCUCUUGGACCUCAGCUGCAAAGCAUGCCUUCUGAGCAGAUCAGGAAUCAGUUGACCGCUAUGUCAUCUGCUCUUGCAAAGGCUCUUGAAGUGAUUAAGCCACCUCACCUCAUGCUCGACAAGGAAGAGCAACAUCAACAGGCUGUUACAGCUUACUUAAAAAAUUCAAGGAAAGAACAUCAGCGUAUCCUUGCUCGCCGUCAGACUAUUGAGGAAAGGAAGGAACGUCUUGAGAGCUUGAAUAUUCAGCGUGAGAAAGAAGAGUUGGAGCAACGUGAAGCUGAACUUCAAAAGGUUCGCAAAGCUGAAGAGGAGAGAUUGCGCCAGGAGGCCAAAGAGCGUGAAAAGGAGCGUAUUCUGCAGGAACAUGAGCAGAUUAAAAAGAAAACUGUUCGUGAACGUUUGGAGCAGAUCAAGAAGACUGAACUAGGAGCCAAGGCCUUCAAGGAUAUUGAUAUUGAAGAUCUUGAAGAAUUGGACCCAGACUUCAUUAUGGCAAAACAGGUUGAACAGCUAGAAAAAGAAAAGAAAGAACUGCAAGAACGAUUGAAAAAUCAGGAAAAGAAGAUUGAUUAUUUUGAAAGAGCAAAACGCUUGGAAGAAAUUCCUCUAAUCAAGAGUGCCUAUGAAGAGCAAAGAAUCAGGGAUAUGGAUCUUUGGGAACAGCAAGAAGAAGAAAGGAUCACAACUAUGCAACUGGAACGAGAAAAGGCCCUUGAGCAUAAGAACAGGAUGUCAAGAAUGUUAGAGGAUAGUGAAUUAUUCAUAACAAAGCUCAUGGAAGCAAGACGAUCAGUUUAUGAGGAAAAACUCAAGCAAUUCCAAGAAAGGCUAGCAGAGGAAAAGCAUAAUCGUUUAGAAGAACGUAAGAGACAGCGUAAAGAGGAAAGACGGAUUGCUUAUUAUCAGGAGAAAGAGGAGGAAGCUCGAAGAUUGCAAGAAGAAAAGUUGCUUAAAGAGCAAGAAGAAAAAGAACGUAUUGAGCGUGAAAAACAAGAAAAAGAAAUGCGUGAAUAUCAGGAACGCGUCAGAAAACUAGAAGAGGUGGAGAGAAAGAAACGACAAAGAGAAUUGGAGAUUGAAGAGAGGGAGCGUCGACGAGAAGAAGAGAGGAGAAAUCUUGAAGAUCCAAGGAAGGAAUCUCGUUGGGGUGAUAGAGAUUCUGAGAGCACCUGGAGAAGAAAUACGGAGGGAGAAUCAGAUUGGAGACGCCCACCACCCGAAAGAGAGUGGCGUCGUGGAGAAGCACGUGAUGAUGAAAAGCCAUUACGAAAAGAAGAUGCAACUCGUACCGUUUCAGAAGAAAGACCACAAUCUCCCCAUGAAACAUCAGAUGACAAAGCUCAGAAGAAUGAUCUUGAUGAAGAUAGAGCUCCAAGGAAAAUCUUGGAUGAGGACAGAACAAGUUGGCGCUCAGCAGGUGAAAACAAGACCCCCCGGCGUGCCAUGGAUGACGACAGGGGCCCCCGGCGUGCCAUGGAUGACGACAGGGCCCCCCGGCGCGGCAUGGAUGACGACAGGGCCCCCCGGCGCGGGCUGGAUGACGACAGGGCCCCCCGGCGCGGCAUGGAUGAUGACAGGGGCCCCCGGCGCGGCCUGGAUGACGACAGGGGCCCCCGGCGUGGCCUGGAUGACGAUAGGGGCCCUCGGCGCGGCCUGGAUGACGACAGACCAAGUUGGAGAGCUGCUGAUGAAGAUAGGACCCCACGGCGUGGACUGGAAGAAGACAGAAUUUCUAGGCGUGAUGAGGAUAGGGGGCCAUGGCGCAGCACAGAUGAGGAAAGAAUUUCAAGGCGUGAUGAUGACUGGGGAUCCAGGCGUGCAGCUGAUGAUGAAAGAGGUCCUAGACGUGGAGACGAUUCCAGGCGUGGGGAUGAUUCCAGACCUGGACCUUGGAGACCAUUUGGUAAACCAGGUGGAUGGAGAGACCGAGAAAAAGCUCGUGAAGACAGCUGGGGACCUCCACGAGACUCAAGACCUUCAGAAGAUCGGGAAUGGGAUAGAGAUAAAGAUCGAGAUGAGAAUGAAAAGGAUCGGGAAAUUGAAAAAGACCGUGACUUUGAUAGGGAAGAUCGCUUCAGGCGUCCAAGGGAUGAUGCUGGUUGGAGAAGAGGACCAGCUGAGGAAGCCUCUAGCUGGAGAGACUCAGGACGUCGUGAUGAAUGGGGUGGCCGUGACUCUAGAGAUGACCGAGGUAGUCGUGACCUUCGAGAUCGGCGUGGUGAAGAGAGGGAAAGGAGAGUGCCACCUCCCAGAACAGAUAGGGAUGAAGUGAACUCAUGGAGACGUAGUGAUGACAGAAAGGAGGAACGUGAGGAACGUGAAACUGUUCGAAGAACACCUGCUCCUGCUGCUGCUCCUGCUCCUGCUGCUCCUGCUCCUGCUGCUUCUGCUUCUGCUUCAAAAGAGCGAGAAAAGGAUGGUGAGAAAGAGAAGGGGGCCUGGAGAACAGAAAAAGACCGUGAAGCCCUUCGUCGUACUAAAAAUGAAAUAGAUGAAGAUGGUUGGACAACUGUGCGCCGUUAAGUCAAAAUGUAAAAUGGGUUUUAAGUUGGUGUUUAGCAUUGAUUUCAUAACAUUAUAAUAUUGGUGCUUUAACACUCUGAAUUGGAAUCCUUUAACAAAAUUUUCUAGGUAUUGUAAAAGCAUGAAAAUCUCACUUGUACGUAAACUGAUCAUGCACAGAACUUGCAACUAAAAGUUGGAAAUUAAAUACUGGUUAUCUAAAUUUCAGAUGUUGUAUAUGUCAGAGAUCACUUGGUGGUAAGAAACAAACAAUAUGAACCCAGUAGGUAUCUUUGAGUGGCAUGUUUAUCUCAGUCAAAACCAAGAUUUUUAUUUUGCAUAGCUCUUCACUUGGAAAUGAAUAUGGUUUACAAAGCAUAUGUUGAAAUUAUAUUUCUAGUUACAUAAAGUGAUUAAUUUGUAAGUCCAUGCUGUCUGAAGUAGGCACAAAAACACUUCUUUGGUUAUUUUGAUGGCAGGAGGUUUUGGCUGGUGGUAUUACAUGUUUUAAUUGGAAUUACAUACAAUAAAUGUUAUGGAUCUUUUAGUUACACUGGGAUAUUUUUUGUAGAUUCUACUUGAAUGCAUAUUCUUAUCAAGCCAUUUUGCAGUCUUUGUUCUCACAAUGAAUGCCAUUGCAGUGUCAAAACAACAAAACAUAAGGCUUUUAAAAUUGGAAACAUUUGAGUAAACUGCUGCGGUUCUUUUUCUUCUGCUGCGUAUAGACUGCUUUUUCUGUUUUGGGUAAAUUCAUGCCUUUUGAAACAUUUAUAUAUACUGUCAUAUUUCAAAUAUGUGGUCUGGAGGAAUUGUUUAUUCUUCCCUUCCUUCCCAAUUUCUUGUCUUCAGGGUAAGUGCUUUACCUUUAAACCAAGUGCUUUGUAGUAAGGGCUGGGUUGUCUUCAAUUUUCGGGGGUGAAGUAGCAAUGUUAAUUAUUGUUUUUAAUUGAAGCCAACACAGAACUUGCUGCUAUGUGUUAACUUCAAUGAUAAAUAAACUUAACAAAAUAA